AUGGCAAAUUUGGCAAAACUAGAGUUUGCUACCUUGGACAUUUCUGGGGACAACUAUUUAUCAUGGGUCCUGGAUGCCAAAAUCCAUCUACGUGCCAAUGGCCUCGGACAAACAAUUGUAGAUGGGAAUGAUGCUUCGCCUGAAGAAAAUGCAAAGGCCAUGAUUUUUCUUCGUUGCCACAUCCAUGAAGCGCUGAAAAGCGAAUAUGUGGUGGUUGAUGAACCGUUGGUUCUAUGGAAAGCUCUAGGUGAAAGAUACGAUCACCAGAUGAUGGUGACCCUCCCAAGAGCUAGAUACAAAUGGACUCACUUGAGAUUUCAAGAUUUCAAGACAGUGUCCGAGUACAACUCUGCUAUGCACAUAAUUACCUUCUUGAUGAGGCUAUGUGGUGAAAGUAUAUCUAAGAAGGAUAUGCUCGAAAAAAAACUCUGA